AGAGACAUCAUAAGCAACUCUCGAGUCAUCAAAAAGACCGAGAAAGGUCCCCGCAUUCGUACUCGCCGAGAUGGCUACCUCACAGAACACGACUACCAGCCAUUGACAGCCCAAGGAAGUAACAGCGAAGCCCUACUGGUAUCUUCGAAUAGCGGACAUGAAGACAACGAUCAAAAGACCAUACUUGGGACAACAGUUGCUUGGAAAUCACCCUUUGAAGGUGAGGAAAGAGCUGGAAGACACGAUAACGAUCACGUCUAUGUCAGAGAUAACAAUUUUGUGAGCGAUAUAUCUACGAAGACUUUCUAUCAAUCUACCCCAUCUGAUGCCAUGCCUGGUACAAUCGACAAGCACCAUUCGUCCGCGGAUAGUGAGGAUUCAGAGAAAGCAGGAGGUUCGCAGUCGAUACUCGAGAAUCUUCCCGCGGAAUUGAGAGCCAAAAUACUGCGCAACAUCCCGGAUCUGGAAACACUCCGCACCAUAAUCCAAGCCUCUCCAACGAUGUAUGCUCAAUACAAAUACGACAGUCACAGGAUCCUUUCUGAUUGCUUGGAUCGUGAGUUAGAUGGCUUUGUUGUCGACGCAUAUGCCACUCUCAUGUCUCGUCCGAUAGGAAUGGGGUCGCCCAGGACGAAAGGGUGGAUCAAAGAUUUCCUUAAUACAUACAAGUGUUGGCUAGCAGCCCCAGAAUCCUGUGUACGCGUCAAAGAACUCUCUCCAGACCAGGUGAGAUGGAUUGCGGGCUUCCACGUAUCCGUUGUGCGGCCCCUAAUCCGCCAGUGGGAGGCAUGUGAUCGUAGAGAUUUUCUGGAAUAUAUUUGGAUAUGGGAUGGAUGUGAUCGUGAAGACCAUGAGGAUCAUAUUGUACCGCAGGGUUAUUUUAUACCGUGGGUUCAGACUCGAUGUCACCGAGUAGUUCAAGACCGCUAUAUCAAUGAAUUGAGCGGAAGAGAAGAAUUACGCAUUCGUCAAGCUCUUUACCGACACAAGACACACUAUCAUCUUUUUGGUCAUACUAUGUCCAAUCCCAAUGACGUUGACAGGCUAUUUUUACAUCUAUUCAAGCAUUGGGAAAUAGCAGUCAUGUGCUUCGCCAUGUAGUAGAUAGUAGGUGAAGUCGAGGAGUGGGUAAACUAGGGUCCGAAGAUCGCAUAUAUAUCAUCUCACCACUCAAUCGCUUAUGAGAUAGAACCUAGCUAGCUAGAGCACUCAAUACUAC